AUGUGUCGUUGUGACGUCAGCGAUCGUGAUGACGCGACUCAUCAACAGGUGAACGGGGUAGCUAUGGCAACGCUGGCGCUCGAUACGAGCCCAAGGUCGACAGUGAUUUCCCCCUCCACUCUGGAAAGUCUGGCUAGACUUUCCAUUGAAGAAGGAGGCCACGACACUAACAUAACCCGCCACAGAUGGCAGCUCUCCCUCCAACACAACAACGACCACUUUUGCGGUGCCACCCUGAUAGCCUCCAAGUGGGCCCUCACCUCAGCAGGCUGCGUACAACUGCAUUCCACUGACCUCUCAGUGAGGGCAGCUUCUAAUUACGUAUCCUCUGGGGGUCAAUUGGUGGACGUCCAAACCGUGAUCGUACAUCCGGAUUAUAAUGCGAAAACCCACGAUUCGGAUAUUGCCCUUUUGGAGUUUGUGGAGGAGGUCGACGAAAAUAUAACAGUCAAUGCUUGGUUGCCUAACACGAAGGAGGAGCAGAUUCAGGACGGCUGGGACACAGACCUAACAGGAAAGUAA